AUGGCAGAAUUAUUUUUGAGAGAAAUUACACUCUUCCUUCACAUAUUCAUCUACAUUUGGUCUGUCAGCUUAUGCGUCAAAAGCUGGAGUAUUUUGCAUAAAGAGAGACAGAAAAUCGUCAGCUUUCUUCGAAUUUUCGAUGUCCAGUUUCAAUUCGUUUGCGCAGUGGUUUUCUACUAUACCAGUUAUCAUUUUCAAAUUUACGAAGUCGAAAACCCAAAAACAACUGGAAACACAAUCCUCUGGCUUUCAAUGGUUCAUCUUUUGGUUCGAGUUCUGUUCUUGUACCAACACUGUGUCGAUCCAAAGCACAGUCUGAUAGAGAUGAUUACUUUGAUCUUCGACUGUAUUAUCAAAUUGACGAUCAUCAGUUAUUAUGGAAUGGAGACGACGAUUUUGGGUAAUAAUCCGGAAGAGAGAUUUUUCUUUUUGAGGCUCAUCGUUAUUGUAAUAUCUACUGGCUACAUUAGCUCAUCCCUUUGUGUUACUCUUCAAGUUCGAGAAGAUGUUCGAGCAAUGAUGAAAACUGCGGAGAAAAUAAGGUGCUACACGAUUACGACAAAGUUCUUGAGCAUCAUCAUUCUCUCAGUCAUUUUAUCGAACAACUAUACUUCUUCAUCAUCGAGGGACUAUUUCUCUAACUGCAUCUCGAAGUCGACAGAAAAAGACGAGAAUGCUCAUGAUUUUGUCUAUUGCAAUAGGAAGGAAACAAUUUUCGUUGCUGCGUAUUCUACCAUCAUCAAUUUCGAAUGUGCUUUUGAGAUCUCGCAAAAGAUGAAAGUACUACAUGAUGCUGAAGUCAGAGAGCUUGAAAAACGAGAUAUCAUGGAGCAAAACCGAAUCGGACAUUUGUCGGCGGCGACGAUUUGGGUAAUUGUGGGAGGAACGGUGGUUGUUUUCUUUGGAGUCGUGGUUUGGGCCUUCUUUUUGGCGAAUAUGAAGCUUUGGCAUAGAAGAUGGAUAAACCAUCGAAUACUCCUACAAAACAAAGCCGCGAAGAGAAGACAUGCUCGAAAGCAAAAAGAGGUUAUUCUUGCUUUCCAGAAUAACGACAAGCUAGAAGACAGUUCCUCGAGCGAUCGUCGAAUAACCCUUCCUAAGACUCCCCGAAUGUCGCCGAAAUCAGAGUUUUCUGACCGAAGCGUCGAUAUGAUGCUGAAGGAGAGUGAGCUCCACCGCGCUGUAUAA